AUAAAAUCGACUUCGACCCCGACGCAAGACCAUUGCCAGAACAAAUAACAAUCGGUAACAAUCCCUAGCUGGCACGAGUGCCUGGAUUAAAAAAAAAUUGCAUGCCCAGACUGGGCGUAGGUUAAGCGGAUGUAUUCAUGCCUUACCUUAUGUGUAAAUAAUAGCUGUACUGUGAAUUCUUCAUUCUUGUGUUAUCAUCGCAUGAUCAUCGGCAUCCGUUACUAAAUGUUACACGAACACACUCCUCACAUGAAGGAUGGAACCAAUUAUUCUAUUCUUGAUGACUGCAACUGUUGGACUGCUCACAGUCUGGAUUAUCAAACAAUUGUUGAUAGGGCGUCCAAAGAAUCUACCACCCGGUCCAUCAUGGAUUCAGAUUGUUGGUAUAGCGUGGACAGCAUGCAGGGCUGGAUUGAACCCUCUGACUGUCUUAUCAUCAUGGGCUAAGAAGUACGGUGAGAUCGUGUCCUUCUACGUUGGCACGAAGCCUUUCGUCAUCCUCAACUCGUAUCCAAUAAUCGUAGAGGCCUUCCGACAUCCUGAUCUUCAAGGUCGACCACAAAGUAGAAUGCGGGAAGAGGUUGUCGGGCCUGACUGCAAAGGUGUGGUUUUCGCUAGCGGUCUGGUUUGGAAGGAGCAACGUAAGUUCGUCCAUUCUGUUUUCAGGAGUCUGGGUGUUGGCAAGAAGAGCUAUGAAGAUACCGUUCUAGCCGAGAUGACUCAGCUCUGUACGAACAUUGAAGAGAAGAGGGGUUCUCCUUUUGGUCCUAGUAUUUUCUUUAUGCAAGCGAUUUCAAACAUCAUUUGCUCUGUGGUCCUUGGAACUCAGUACAAGUACGAUGACGCCGACUUCCAACAGAUAUUACAAAUUCUGAACGAUAAUAUAAGGCAGUCGGGAGCCGGUGGAACACUCUUCUUUCUUCCUCUUCCUGGAAUUUCAAAGAUUCCAUUCGGAAAGGUAAAAACCAUGGUGGAUAACUUUAAGACGUUCCAAGCCUUUAUUACGUCACAGAUAGAAUCUCACGAAGCGAAUUUUGACCCGUGCAAUCCGAGGGAUUUCGUCGACCAAUAUCUUAUCAAGAUGUCAGAAAUUGAGGACACCAAUUCGCCGUUCACCAAGAUGAACUUGAAUAGCUGUAUCGCAGACCUUUUCAUAGCUGGCUCCGAAACCACGGCCACGACCCUAUCGUGGUGUAUUCUCUUCAUGAUGGCCUACCCGGAGGUUCAAUCACGUGUCCAAGAAGAACUCGAUCACGUGAUCGGCAGAGAACGUCUUCCAAGGCUGAAUGACCAGGGGAAUCUUCCUUACACCUGUGCUGUACUAAUGGAGAUACAGCGAAAAGGCGUCAUCGCUCCACUAGGUGUGCCUCAUCUGGCUUCUGCUGACACCGCGAUAGGAGGCUAUACCAUACCAAAGGGCGCCACCGUUGUGUCUAACAUCUUCGAAGUUCUGAACAACGAGGAUCUGUGGAGAAACCCUGACGCCUUUGAACCUAGGAGGUUCCUCAAUCAAAAAGGAGAGGUCGUAAAGAGAGAUGAAUUGAUAUUUUUCAGCACGGGUCGCCGUGUGUGUCUUGGAGAACAGCUUGCCAGGAUGGAGACAUUCUUGGGUUUUACCAGUCUCCUUCAACGAUUCACCUUCAAGAAACCCGACAGUUCACCUGCCCUUUCUUUUGAUGGUGUCGUAGGCGUGACUCGAAACCCCCAACCUUAUCUGACAAGUGCAACUCCAAGAUACUGACAUUUCUUUCUAUUCAAGUCAACUUUUUUGUUGGGGUGGACUUGUCCUUUGUGUGAGGAAGUACUUCUCCUUUUCCUGUAGCUUCAUGAUCGAGUGUGCAACAUUAUACAUCGAACUCUAUCCAGUCUCUAUCAAGACGUCUUCGAGCCCUAUUAUCUCUUGGUGGUAAAGUGAACGGUUUGUCAUUGGACCGAAAUAACCAUAAUAAUAAUUAUAGGAACAAGAAAUCCUAUUUAAUAUUUCCAAAAUCUCAUGCUUUCAAGCUUCAAACUAUCAAAAUUUAAAGUAAUAAUUUGUGUGUAUUUUUUUUUGCAUUAGUAUAUUUUAUUUUGCUGACAUGUUUUACUUUUCUACAGAAUAUAAGAAUUUAUUGUAAGAUUGUUCUAGAUUAAGGUCUUUAUAGCUAUGUAAUCAUUUAUUCGCCCUGCAUUAUUAUCUGUAUUAGUCUUUCCUGUCUCUGCAUUAAUGCGUCAUUGCCUAUGCUAAUAUCAUACACCAAAUUAUAUGAGCCUAGGUUAGGGUAAACCAAAGUUAUCGCUUUCACAAGGACUUCAGAAUAAGAUGAAAGAAUGUCACUGUGAUCUUGACCUUUGACCUCAAAAUCAGUAGGCUUCCUGUGAUCCAUGCAAGUACGCACACCAACUUAUAUGAGCCUUGGUUAAGUUAAACUGAAGUUAUCUCGAUUGCAAGGACUUCAGAAGGGUAAGAUGAAAACAUGUCACUGUGAUCUUGACCUUUGACUUUCUGACCUAAAAUCAAUCGCUUCCUAAGGAUCUAUACUUGUAUCAUAUACACCAAAUAAUAUGAGCAUAGGUAAAGUUAAACUGAAGUUAUCUCGAUUGCAAGGACUUCAGAAGGGUAAGAUGAAAACAUGUCACUGUGAUCUUGACCUUUGACUUUCUGACCUAAAAUCAAUCGCUUCCUAAGGAUCUAUACUUGUAUCAUAUACACCAAAUAAUAUGAGCAUAGGUAAAGUUAAACUGAAGUUAUCGUGUUUACAAGAAAAAGUUAACGGACAGACGUAGACAGACGGACAUCUAGUGUGAUACCGUCCAAUCCUACCGGCGCACAGUGGGCCGGGGCGAAACAAAAGUGCGCCAAAAGUCAUUUUGGGCAAUUUCAGAUUUUUAAUUUUUGUCAAGCCCAGCUGAAAGACAAUACU